AUGAUGUACGGCAACAAUCCAUACGCACAAGGUGGAUGGUUUAACCCCGAAAACCCUCACUCGAUUAACGCUCCGUCAUGGAGCGUCCCAGCCAUUCGCCAACCUUCUAUCCUCGGUGCACUUCCCCGGAUCGCAGGCGGAGAAAAUAGUCAACUAACCUUCCGCCUGGCACCAAUCCACCCCGACAUCUUCAACUGCUCUCUCAUAGGCCCCUCCGGUCACACGAUCCUCACCGUCUCUUCCGAAUUCACUGAAAUGGGCGCCUACACACACUUCCGAAAAGAUGGGGCGAUCCUUGCGACCAUUGACUGGUGUCAAAAACCAACGGUCGUUAUCCACGGUAUUGUUAAUAAACAGCCCAUCUCUCAGUGGCUUUCACUAUCCGCUGACAGGAAGUAA